GCUGAUGCGCGUAUCAACCGAACCGACUCCAUCAUCAGCAUCCGACGCUGACAGCGGUCGAAGUCGCUGCGUCUCCCCAGCACCACCGAUGCGCGGCGGCAUCGCACAAUGCUCCGGGCCCACAAGAACCGGGACUGACACCAGAACAAACGACGCCGAUCCCGCCUUCCCUGCACGGUUUGCCGAGCUGCAAAUGAUAAGUGAGUAAAAAAAAAAAAAAAAAAAUGUUUUGAAAAAGCCUUUGACGAUCGGAGCCCCACGUAACGCCAGUGUGCUGUGGAUAGGCGCUGGGGGGGGGGGGGGGGAGAUAAAAAAUCAAGACGUGGUGCGUUUGAAUUUCAACGUCAACGAGGGCCGUGGGUUGAAUUGAGAUGCGAGGAAGGCGGUUGGAUUGCACGCGUGGGGCCUAGCGAGUGCGUGGAAGCGCGGUGUAAUGAGGGCUCGAUGCGGAUGCUGCUAAAGCCGCCCUUGCCGUCCAGGGAUGCAGAGAAAAAGGGAAGAGAGAGAGAGAGAGGAGUCGUGAGGGCAGGGGAUAGAGCCACUCAGGCACAUGUACUGUUUUACUACUAGCAGUCAACCGAUACUUUUAACUAACAUCAAGAUAACAUUCGAGAGUGGGUCAGUUUGUUUUUGGCAUUGUGCGUGUGUGAUGUUGCUAAGAAAUGGUGUUUACAACAUUAGGCGCACCUGCCAUGUAGCAUAAGAUGAGCAUAUCAUUAGAAACACCUCUGGGUGAUGCGGUGCAGUUCUAUUGUUAUGAUCCGAUGCCCGGAUCAUCGUUUGUUUACGUUUAUUUAGGUUUUGAUUCACUUGGGGUUUAGUGCUAUUUCAGCACCCCUGUUUGGGUUUCUUAGGGAUACCUGGAAUCUGUCCUUAGGAGGGGGGUACUGUUAUGAUCCGUUGCCCGGAUCAUAGUUUGUUUACGUUUAAUAAGGUUUUGAUUCACUUGUGGUUUAAGUUCUGUUUCAGCACCCCUGUUUUGUGUUUCUUGGCUGCCAUGGGUGCUGAUUGUUUUCACCUGCCUCUGAUUAGUGUUCGGGAUGCUCACCUGUUCCCGGGCACUAAUAAGAGAGCUAUUUAGUCCUGCCUUUUCGCCUCAUUCAGGCCGGUGCUUUUCUGUAACGUGGAGGUCGCAUGGUGACGCGCAGAUUGUUCUCCCAACGAUGCAGCAGGAACUCCGGAGACAGCUUGCAGUGUGUGUGCCCCCACUACCUGCAUUAGGUUGUGAUGACCCACACUGCAUCCAAAUGUAUCUGUGACCCUCCCCAAUCCUGACUCCUAACCUCUAACCCCUCACCUUUGACCUCCUCACUAUGGGCAGUGUUGGCAGUGGGGUGGCAGGCGAGCAGGAGUUUGCCAUGAAGUCCGUAGGCACGAGGACCACGCUGCCCCGCGCCCCUCCUCUCUCACGCCGUUGCCCUGGCGACCGCAGCUGCAGUGCAGAGCGUCUGCCCCGCCCCCCCGCCACUAUAUCCGACGGGACGGCCUCUAGCGACGAGCGAGGGAGCGUUAGUAUCGGGACCGGGGCCUGUACCGACCGGCCCACAGAAACGGCCUCCACCACCAACACGGAAUGUACCAUGGCGGCUCCCAACAACAACAAUCAGCUGGAUUGUGGCAACGCGGCGCUCAGGAGGGAGUGGGAAAGGCAACGAGAACGAGGGAGAGAUCGGGACCGGGACCGAGAUUGGGACCGGGAGAGGCUGGAAAGGGAGCGAGAGCGGGAGAGGAACAGGGAGAGGGAGCGGGAACGGGUGGAGAGGGAGAGGUUGGAACGAGAGCGGGAGAGAGAACGGGAGAGAGCCCGGGAGAGGGAGCGGGAGAGAAUCGAAAGGGAGAAGAUCGAGAGAGAGCGGGAGAGGGAGCGGGAAAGAGAGAGGGAGCGGGAGAGGGAGAGGUUGGAGGGGGAACGACUGGAAUGGGAGAGGGAGAGAGAAAUGCAGGCCGCGGGUCUCGAUGUUUGCGGGAACAUUGUGGGCCGAGGAGGAAACGAGAAGAACAGCGUUGGGGUCAACCAGCACCAGCACAGAGACAUGGUGGCAGCCAGGAACGACGGAGAGAACAAUCCGGCGGGUCACAACCCACCCAAAAUGAUGGCGGUUUCAGGAAAACUGGAGCAGGCCAUGCAGAGAGAUUCCGGCCUGGUUCGUCCCUCUGCCUUCAAACCGGUGGUUCCAAAGAGUUUCCACUCGAUGCAGAACCUGGUGGGCCAGGCAGGUGGGGCUGGCAGUGAGAGCAAAGGCGAGGGGAGGGGAGAGGGCUUCUGUGAGGGAAGAGGUGGCGGCAGGAGAGGAGGCAGGGACGGUGGAGGAGGGGGAGAGUCAGGAGAGGUCCCGGAGGCCCUGCUCCUGGACCAGGAAAGCCCGAUGAGGGUCAGCAGGGGUGAGGGAGCGGGAAAUGGGAACGAAGUGGUUCAGGGAGGGAUGUCUGACUCAGGCAGGAACUCUCUGACUAGCCUUCCCACCUACACGGUCUCGGGGUCUGGUUGUGGACCUCCAGCUGUACUGGGGCCUCUGAGUGCUUCCACAAGCCACAUCAACAGGUUGGGCAUGGCUGGGGCGGCUGCGGGCUUGGACAAGCUGGACAAGCCUGGCUACCAGAACGGCCUUUGCGCCUCGGACAGUGGUCGAUCCUCGUCAGGAAAGAGCUCCUCAUCCUAUCAGAGGCUGAGUCACAUGAGUGACGCACCGGGACCUCUACGUCCCUCCCCUUCAUCUGAUGACAUCAUCCAGGAUCUGGAGGAUCGCUUGUGGGAGAAGGAGCAAGAGGUGCAACACAUGCGGCGCAACUUGGACCAAAGCGAAGCCGCCAUCAUUCAGGUGUUCGAGGAGAAGCAGCGCGUGUGGGAGCGACAGAUGGACGAGCUGAGACAGAACUAUGCCUCGCGCCUGCAGCAGGUCACACGGCGUGCUCAGCGCUCCCAGACUGCCCUGCAGGCCCAGAUAACUCGUUUAUCUCAGGACAAGAGGAGGCUCCAGGAGGAGAUGGCUGCCCUGCUUGCCCAGAGAGAGGAGCUGGAGAGAAAGUGUCUGGAUUACAGGAAGGAGCAGGCUGACAUAUUGCCACGUCUAGAGGAGACUAAGUGGGAGGUGUGUCAGAAGGCCGGCGAGAUUUCACUGCUCAAGCAGCAGCUGCGGGAAAGCCAAGCAGAAGUGACCCAGCGGGCCGGAGAGAUGGUGGCCCUGAGGGGCCAGCUGAAGGAGCUCAACGUCCAACUGAGGGAGCAGGAGGAAGCCAUGCUGGGAUUGAAGGAGUCUUACAGCACCAAAAGUCAUGAGUUGGAGAAGUGCGAGGCCGACCUGAGGAGGACCCUGUCAGAGGUGUCCAUCCUGCGAGAGAAGCUGGGUGUUUUUGAGGCAGAGGUGCUAAGUCUAAAACGAGCUCUGAAUGAAGUCAGCAGAGGAGCUGAGGUUGUUGUGAGCCCAAACUUAGCAGCGGCAGGGCUCUUACCGCCCUGGGGGAUCGUCCAUUGCUCGCGGACCACCAUAGAUCACUCCAGUAACUCGCUCGCACCGACGUCCGACACCCUGCUGAGUCUUCAGAGUGACGAAGCCAAAGCCCAGAGGCAGGAGGCCCAGAGGCAGCAACGUGAGGAAGCUCAGUGGCAACAGAUGCAGCGUCAAGAAGCCCACAUGCAGCAGGACAUGCAGAUGCGACAGGACGCUCACAUCCGACCAGAGGCUCAGCUUCGCCAGGAGGCCCACCUCCGCCAUGAAGCGCAGCUCCGCCAAGAGGCCCAGCUCCGCCACGAGGCCCAGCUCUGUCAGGAGUCCCAGCUGCGUCAGGAGGCCCACCAGUCGCAGCGGCUGCAGGACGCUCAAUGGGACGAAGCUGGAGAGCUGCGCAGGCAGCUGGAGCAGCUACAGGCCGCCCUGCGCCUCGAGAGGCAGCAACGCGAGCGCCAGGCUCUCAACUUUGACCAAGAGCGACACACCUGGCAGGACGAGAAGGAGCGGGUGUUGAAAUACCAGGCCCAGUUGCAGCUGAGCUAUGUGGAGACCCUGCAGAAGAACCAGGCGUUGGAGAAACGUAUGAGCCAGCUGGGAACCAAACCCAGCACCGCCUCCAUCGACUCUACCACCACUGUCACCAACACUUCCCCCUCCUCCUCCUCCAGUUCUCCACCACCUGCUCCAGCACAAGUCCUUGCAGCUCUCUCCCCUCAGCCGCCAUCCUCCCUCCCUGGCCCCAUCACCCUCACCCUCUCUCCACCCUGCGAGGACCAGAAGGGCCCGCCUUCUCUCCACCAGCUUGCCCCUCCUUGGGCGGGACCUUCACGACUAGAGAGGAUAGAAUCCACCGAAAUUUAAGAGAGGGGGAGAAAAAGCUCUCAAAACCGACACACUUCGCCACUCAAGUAUAAGAAAAUUUCAUACAAGAUAUAUAAAAAACAUUGGAACAGUUUCUCACGUUGCACUCCACGCUUGUGAAAAAGUGUGUCACACUGCAGGAAAACUAAACGACAAAGUUUAGUUGACACCACUAACAAAGUGGUUGCUCCUUUCCUACACCGUGAUAGAAAAAAAAAAAGGACCAAGACAAUCGGAUAUUGUCAAAAAUUACAACAAGAGUAUUAUUAUUAUUAUGAUGAUGAUUAUUAUUAUUAUGCGAUAUUUAUUACUCAUUGUAAGUCUGUGUCAGUUGUAUAAUGUACAAGUAGAACUAGUGGUCAAGAGUGUGUGAUGUUAACAUGCAUUUUUGUCCAGAGAGCGCCUUACACCAUCUUUUUCAGCAUGUGUAAGAGAACAAGUAAUGCUGGAGAUCAAAAAAAAGAGUUAAUAUAUAAUUUUCAGUGCAUUGAUUAUGAAUAUGUAUAAAAACAAAUAUAUAUAUAGGCCCUCUCGACUUUUUCAUGAAAGUCAUAACAUUUCAUGCACAAUGUCCAACAUGCGUGACUCGAACAUAUCCUCCAAUUCAACAGAGCUUAUUUUUUCAAUAAAAAAAAUAGAAUUGAACAGAUUUAGUGGAAAUUCAACCCAAUCCCAAUGUUAGGGGACUACAAAUGACCAAUAGAGGUCAAUGAUGAGCUGACAUGGGGCCCAGGAUCACUUUUCUUUCCUCCUCAAAGUUGCAAAACCUUGAAUGGAAGCACACAAUCUGAAACAGUUUAAUGCCAGGAAAAAAAUAAAGAAUCCAAAGUGAAUAUAUAUAUAUAUAUAUAUAUAUAUAUAUAUAUAUAUAUAUAUAUAUAU